AUGAUCGUCAUACGUUAUAUAAAUCUUUUUUUCUGCUGUACAGCGGUGCUUGGAAACUCGAGCAUUCUACUGACCAUUUGGAAGACAUCAUCGUUGCAUUCAGUGUCGAAUAUUUUAUUAUCAAGUCUCGCUGUAUCAGACCUAAGUAUUGGUUUGGUUGUCCAACCUAUUUUUGUAGCUCAUUUGGAAAACUUAGCAACGACUGAUGGUUUACUCUACUUCAAUAUUUUGGGCAGCGUGUCUUGUACAGUGUCUUUCUAUUCCGUUACAGCAAUAGCCGUGGACCGUUUGCUUGCUGUUCAACUGCAUUUGAGAUAUAAAGCAGAAGUUACACCGUUUCGUGCCACUGUGGUAGUAAUUAUCAUUUGGAUUUACGCAGCUCUUUUUUCAGUUCUUUGGUUAUUGAAUUUCUACUUGGUUUUCAAAAUGAUCAGUAUUGUUAUUAUGUGCAUUCUAAUUGGAAAUUUUGCUGUUCAUUUGAAAAUCUACCUGAUUGUUCUACGCCAUCAAAGGCAAAUUCAGCGACAGCUGCAAUUACAGCAACAAGCUGCGAACAACGAAAACAUAUUGCGCGUAAAAAGAUUUGUGAGAUCUGCUGUGAACAUAUUUCUCCUAUAUAUCUUGCUUUUGAGCUGUUAUAUGCCUUUUGCAGUUUACCAUCAACUGAUUUUUGUCAACAGAGGAUAUGCCGCGUCAAAUGUUUAUAUCACAACAAUGACAUUGGUUUUUCUCAACUCGUCGCUAAAUCCGUUAUUUUACAGUUGGCGAGAUAGCGAAAUAAGGACAGCCUUAAAACAAUUUUAUGGGCGAUGUUUUUAG